CCGCUGACCUAUGGUCUGUCCUUGUGAGGACAAUGAUUGACUGAGCUGUUGCUUUGUUAAAUAAAAAAGUUUACAAGGCCUAUUUGCAGUGGCUGCAUCUGUCACAACAUGGAAGCACAUAAAGCUCUCCUAAUAUGUGCACUCCUCUGGACAGUCACUGGAGUAUUCACACAAGGUCUGCGGGCAUAUGUUAAGACCGAUGGGGCUUUGAUUCUGUCACCGGUGAAGAGGAUGUACUCUGUGAGAACAGCCACUGAGUGUGCAGCGAAGUGUGAUGCAGAGACAACCUUCACCUGCAGAUCGUUUGUAUAUGAAAAAGAAGACAGAGACUGUCAGACUAUCCCAGGUAACGCAAAAGUCAAGCCUUUAUACUGGAGAGCAAGUGCAACACUGUAUGAGAAGAAAGAGUAUUUAAAGGAAUGUGUCGACGGUAUUGGAGUUGAUUACCGAGGUACCAAAUCCACAACAAAAUCAGGAAGAACAUGCCAGCAAUGGACCUCAAGAUCUCCACAUCCGCCCAAUAUGACUCCUCAGAGAUAUCCAAAGGCUGACCUGGAGUCCAACUACUGCAGAAAUCCAGACAAUGAUGCUGGUGGACCCUGGUGCUACACUAUGGAUCCACAGAAGAGAUGGGAGUCCUGUGGUGUCCAGGACUGCUCUAGUAUAGUAUCAGACUCAGUAUCAGACUGCAUGCACUGCAGUGGGGAAGACUACAGAGGCAACAUCUCAAGAACACUAUCAGGAUCUACCUGCCAACGAUGGGACUCUCAAACUCCCCACAGUCAUGGCUACAUUGCCCCACUACUUCCUGAUAAACACCUAGAGGAGAACUACUGCAGGAACCCCGAUGGGGAGUCAAAGCCUUGGUGUUUCACCACUGACCCCAGACAGCGCUGGGACUUCUGUAACGUCCCUCAGUGUGGUGACUCUGAUCCUCCAGAGACUGAGGAGGAGUCCACCUGCUUCACUGGUGACGGCACUGCCUACCGCGGAAGCGUGUCUAGAACGGUCUCUGGGAGAACCUGUCAGACAUGGUCAUCUCAGGCUCCGCAUAAACACUCAUUCACACCAGAAAACCACCCAUGCAAAGGACUUGAGGCAGAUCACUGCAGAAACCCCAACAAGGAGAAAAGUCCCUGGUGCUACACAUCAGACCCUGGGACGAGAUGGGAGUACUGCAAGGUGACCAGAUGUGGAGAGGAAGAGCUUGUUGCCCCUGAGGUAGUGGACUGCUAUGUUGGUAAUGGUGUCUCGUAUAGAGGGACGACAGCAGAGACUGUUAGUGGGAAGACGUGCCAGGCCUGGUCAUCCAUGGCUCCUCACCGCCAUCUCAAAACACCUCAAGCCUUUCCACAUGCUGACCUACAGGGGAACCUGUGCCGGAACCCAGAAGGAGACCGUGCUCCUUGGUGCUACACCACCGACCCCUCAGUUCGCUGGGAGUUCUGCAAACUGGUGAAGUGUCCCAUUCACAGACCAGUCCAGAUGGAAGGACGGGCGCUAGGUCCAGAAGAGAAACCCACUGAACCAGCUGUGUUCGACCUCCCAAUCAAAGACUGCAAGGUAGGGAACGGGAUAGAUUACAGGGGUUCGACAUCUACCACUCUGACAGGCAUUACCUGUCAGGCUUGGAGUUCCAUGGAGCCCCAUCCCCAUGCAAGCUUUACUGCUGAAUCACACCCUGACAAAGGCUUAGAGGGAAAUGAAUGUCGGAACCCAGACAGUGAUGUGAAUGGACCUUGGUGCUAUACUAUGGAUGAAAAAAAGAAGUGGGACUAUUGCCAGAUCCCAGACUGCUCUGAGCACAAAUGCGGACAUCCACAGGAGUUGCCAAUACGAUGCUUUGGCCGCAUAGUAGGAGAAUGUGUAGCCAGACCUCACUCUUGGCCAUGGCAAGUCAGCAUACGGACCAGCUCUGGCACUCAUAUCUGUGGAGGAACUUUGAUAGAGGCACAAUGGGUUCUGACAGCUGAACACUGUCUUAGGCAUAGAGGGCGUGGGCCAUCUGCGUUCAGGGUAUAUUUGGGAAUCCAUUCAGAGAGUGGGACUGAAUCAUCAAAGCAAGUAAGGGAGAUUGAGAAACUCAUUCUUGAACCAGGAGGAAAAGACAUUGCUCUUCUCAAGCUUGAAAAACCAGCUGUCCUUAAUGAUAAGGUUUUACCAGCAUGCCUACCAGAGAAGGAUUACAUUGUUCCAGCCAAUACGGAGUGCUAUAUAACAGGAUGGGGUGACACACAAGGUACUGGUGGAGACGGGUUUCUGAAGGAAACUGGCUUCCCAGUCAUUGACAACAAAAUUUGUAACCAGCCUCUUUAUCUGAAUGGCCAAGUAAAGGACUAUGAAAUGUGUGCUGGAAAUAUUGAAGGAGGAACAGACAGUUGCAAGGGGGACAGUGGAGGGCCGUUUGUAUGUGUCCAUCAGGCGACUUUCAUUCUUCAAGGAGUGACAUCAUGGGGGCUUGGCUGUGCAAGACCUAUGUCUCCAGGGGUAUACGUCAGAGUGUCCAAAUUUGUCAACUGGAUUGGAGAAGAAAUGCUAAAAAUCACUGGAGUGCUUGCAGAUGUCCUUGAUGAUUACACUAAAACUGAUGGGGCCUGGGUGAUCACUGUGCUCAAACGAACGUAUUCAGUCAACACGGCAACCGAGUGUGCAGCCAAAUGCAAUGCAGAAACAGCCUUCCUGUGCAGGGCCUUUGUUUACAUAGAGAAGGAUCAGGACUGUGUGACGGUCCCAGCAAACUCCAAAAUGGAGAUGCUGCUGCGGAGGAUGAGCUCAGCGUUUUAUGAAAAGAAAGAGUUUUUAAAAGAAUGCAUCACGGAUAAAGGGAGUAGCUACAGGGGAACAAAAACCAGGUCCAAAUCAGGAAGAACAUGCCAGCGAUGGGCCUCCAGAGUUCCCCAUGUACCCAACAUAACUCCAGAGAAAUAUCCUAAUGCUGACCUGGAGUCCAACUACUGCAGAAAUCCAGACAAUGAUGAGAAUGGACCCUGGUGCUACACCACGGAUCCAAAUAAGAGAUGGGAGACUUGUGGCAUCCAGGACUGCACUGAGGAGUGCAUGUCCUGCAGUGGGGAAGACUACAGAGGCAAGGUCUCAACAACAGAGGGUGGCUUUACCUGUCAGCGUUGGGAUUCCCAAAAGCCUCAAAACCAUGGCUACCUUCCCUCUGCACUUCCUGAUAAAUACCUUGAGGAGAACUACUGCAGGAACCCAGAUGGCGAGCCAAGGCCUUGGUGUUUCACCACCGACCCCAGAAAGCGCUGGGACUUCUGUAGUAUCCCUCGAUGCACCUCUGAGCCUCCAACUAUAAUGCCAGAGCUCACUUGUGCUACUGGUGAUGGCAGCGCUUAUCGAGGAUUAGUUUCCGUGACAAUAUCGGGGAAGGCUUGUCAGAUGUGGUCUGCCCAGUCACCACAGAAACACUCUCGAACUCCAGAAAACUACCCUUGCAAAGGCCUGGAAGGCAACUACUGCAGAAAUCCUGACAGUGAGAGAAGUCCCUGGUGCUACACAACAGACCCGGAAACGAGGUGGGAGUACUGCAAGGUGCCCAGCUGUGGAAAUCAGCCUGGACCUGAGGAGCCUGUUAUCCCUGAAAUGGAGGACUGCUACACUGGUGAUGGGAGCUCCUACAGAGGGGCCAUGUCAGAGACAAUUAGCGGGAAAAAAUGCCAAGUCUGGUCAUCCAUGCUACCUCAUCGCCAUCUAAAGACACCACAGGCCUACCCCCAAGCAGACCUCCGGAGGAACCUGUGCAGGAACCCAGAUGGUGACCGUGCUCCCUGGUGCUACACCACCGACCCCUCGACCCGCUGGGAGUACUGCAAACUGGACAAGUGCACCACCACCCAACCGCAAGCCACAGCGAAACCAGUGGUGGACCCCAAGCCCCCCAGCCCAUCUGUCACCAUUGCUCCAACUGCAAAAGACUGCAAGGUUGCAAAUGGAGUGACCUACAGGGGUCCUACAUCUAAGACUGUGAUGGGGGUCACCUGCCAAGCCUGGCGCUCCAUGACCCCCCACACGCAUGCCAGCUUCACUCCUGACACACACCGUGAUAAGGGCUUAGAGGGAAAUCAAUGCAGGAACCCGGACAAUGAUGUGAAUGGGCCUUGGUGCUACACCACAGACAGAAACAAGAAGUGGGACUACUGCCAGAUUCCCGACUGCUCUGAACAGAAGUGUGGACAACCUCAAGUAAAGCCUCUCCGAUGCUUUGGACGUAUUGUUGGAGGCUGCGUGGCCAAACCUCACUCCUGGCCAUGGCAAAUCAGUUUACGAACCAACACUGGUAUUCACUUCUGUGGAGGAACUCUGAUAGAUGCGGAGUGGGUUCUGACGGCUGCCCAUUGUCUAGAGAGGUCUAAACGGCCAUCUUCUUACAAGAUAUAUCUAGGAAGCCACACAGAGAGAGGGACUGAGGCAUCAAGGCAAGCGAGGGAUGUCGAAAAACUGAUUCUUGAGCCAACCGGAAAAGACAUUGCUCUUCUCAAGCUUUCAAAGCCCGCUAUCUUAAAUGAUAAGGUUUUGCCGGCAUGCUUACCAGACAAGGAUUACAUUGUUCCAGGCAACACAGAAUGCUAUGUAACUGGCUGGGGGGAGACACAAGGAACGGGUGGAGAAGGAGUCCUGAAAGAAACAGGAUUUCCAGUCAUUGAAAAUAAAAUUUGUAACCGACCUGCAUAUCUAAACGGGAGGGUGAAGGACCAUGAGAUGUGUGCUGGGAACAUUGAGGGAGGCACAGACAGUUGUCAGGGGGACAGUGGAGGACCACUUGUGUGCCACUCUCAGAACACCUUCAUCCUCCAAGGGGUCACAUCAUGGGGACUUGGCUGCGCUAAUGCAAUGAAACCAGGAGUGUACGCCAGAGUGUCCAAAUUUACUGACUGGAUUAACAGUGAAAUGAAAAAGAACUAGUUAAGUUUAAAUAUAAAUGUGGUUUUUUUUCAUGAAAUACACCUAGCAUCACUUAUUUCUGUACUUGUAUUGAGUAGGGAGUAACAACCAAGGCUGUUGCAUUAUCUCUGUGUGUCUGUGCAAGGGACUGCCACCUUUUAAUGUUAAUUUUAAGAUAAUAAAUUAUAUUUUUGUAACACUUUAUGGCAGGGUACAUUAAUCAUUAUGAAUUCAUGCAUGAAUUUAUGAUAAUUGAUGUACAUUUACCAUAUGGUGUUACUGAUGUCUUUUAGGUUGAAACUGAAACAACUGAAAAAUACUUUAUAUUCGAUGGAUAGAAUGAACUGUAGAAGGUAAUACUCUGUACUCUUGUGUCAGAAUAGAAUUGAACUAUUUUAAUAAAUGUUUCAAAAAUCA